AUGAUUGACUCAUUACCAGCAGAUGUAGUAUUGCACAUUUUAUCCUUUCUACCAUUGUCUUGCCUCUGCCAGCUUGUCAAAUCACCACCAUUCGCCAAAUGCCAUCCUUGGAUCAAGCAGGAAUUGAUGAGCCGAAUCAAGCGAGACGAGUGGACCCUCUCCUUCUACAGUCCAUCUGCCUACUUUGCCAUGCUCUGUAACAAGGAAAUGAUAGCCUCCACUGUACCCGUGGCAACACUGACAUGCAAAGGCUAUUGCUCACAAUCCGAAUAUCUACGAUUUGAAACAUGCCAUCCUUCAACUUUCCAGCUAUCAGAUGAGGACAUUCAAUUUGAAACGAUGAGCAUCUAUUGCUCACAUUGGAUCAGCAUGUUUAAAGAAGAUGACACAAUCAAACUGCCAUGGAGACAAGGCGACCAGACAAAAGAACCGCACAAGGGUAUCUGCAUACGAUACACUUGCCGGUUGGAUAAUUAUCAGAACUGCGCUGCUUGCAACUCUCGCAGUCGAUGCCAGAAGCACACAUUCACCAAUUUGAUGCCAACGACGACCACCAAAUUAUUUCAGAUCACAUCUGUUCAGGUCUCUCUCAAUUGGGUCAGACGAGGGUUUUCAUAG